UUCAGUAAGCCACGGAGUCCAGCGAACAGCUGCACGAUGAAUGCUACUCGGAGUCUGUCGACACUGGAAUCCAAACUAGAUUCUCUGCAAUGUCACUUCACUUGGGGUCUGGACCCCAGCAGGUCCAAACUUCUUCAUGUCAGGGACAAUCUGGAGGACAUUGGCACCCAGGAGGGAUACAGUUGGCUGGGUCAUAUUUACAACCUGCAGGGAUUCAUCCACUGCCAGCUGGGCCUCACUGAAGAUGCCUGUCGUUUCUUCAGCAGGGCCACAGAGACCUUCCGUCAGAUAAGAAACACCGUCUCGGAUGAAGGUCAGUGGCUAGUGGUGAGCUACGGGAACCUAGCUUGGCUGCACCACCAACUGGGAGAACGAGCACAGAGUCUGGGUUACAUAUCAAAGGUCGAUGCUCUGAUAAAUGAAUAUGCAUUGCCAUUUCCUAAUGAGCUCCAUCCAGAGAUCUAUGCUGAAAAAGCCUGGACCCUCAUGAAGUUUGGCAAAGACAGCAACCUGCUGGCUGCAGAUUACUUUCAGAGAGCCAUCGGGAUGCAGCCUGGCAUGGUGGAGUGGCAGACCAGCCAUGUCAUAGCAUUAGUAAAUGCCUGUAGUCACCAUGACAAAAACCUAGGAGCUGACAUCUUCAAGAAAUUGAAACUUACCAAAGAACAGGAUCAGGCGAACUUGUACCUUGCUGCUCUUUACCUUGAGGCCUGUGCUGACAAAGGAAUAAACAUUGAAAAUGAAGCACGUGAGCUAGCUAGAAUGGUUUUAAGAAAGCCAGUCAGCAGUUACAGUGGUAUCCAACCAUUACUAAGGCUGUACAGAAGAUAUGUAUCUAUGGAUGAAGCUGUUGAUUUGGCAGAGGAGGCUGUAGAAAGACACCCAGACAAACGUUAUCUGAAGAAAUGUGCUGCAACAUGCUACAAAUGGAGGAUCUUAUCUCAGAAGGACAACCCUCUGGAGCACAGCAUGAUCAACAGAGCUAUCAGUCUCUGCAAGGAAGUCAUUUCUCUUUAUCCCCAUUCUUCAUUUAAAAUGCAGGUAACUCUUGCAGACAUAUAUGCAAAGUCGAAUACCACCCAAGCUGCAGCUGACCAGAUAUAUGUGGAACUGCUACAAAGUGAUCUGGAUCCCAAAGAAGCACAGAUACUUUACAGUUACUAUGCAAAAUAUUUACAUUUCAAUCAAAAACAGAUCUACAAGUCGAUAGAAUUUCACAUGAAGGCAGCGGCUAUACCUCAACAAUCUUCCUAUCGUGACAACAGCAUUAGAAAUCUGGAAAAGAUUAGAGAAAGAAACAAAAAUAAAAUGUGUGGAGAAAUACAUGAGUUUCUGGAGAAGCUGCAUCACUGAGAGCCCUCACUAAAGAGGACAUUUUUACUGUUCAGCUGAACGCUAUAAUCCAGAAUCAGAUAACUGUCUCAAAGGGUUUACAAAAACGGAUAAAAGCUUGAAUAAAAUAUGGCACCAUUUAUUAAUCAUAUGAAAGGCCAUCAUGUUUUCUCAUGCUAAAAAUUACAGGCCAGAUUCCCAAGCUUAUGCGGAUACUGUCACUGUUUCAACUGAAUUCUUGAGUUUUGUCCUUUUGUUUUGCUCUUUUACUUAUUUUCUAUAUAUGUGAAUGUCCAACUUAGAAAAAGCAAAAUAAAAUAUUAAAAAAUGGGCCUUUUAUUAAUAUUUUCUGCAUCCAAUUAGCUUAACUAUCCUAAGAACAGGUUCUCAAUCAGUUGAAUAUAAUCUGUUUUAGUAAUCAUGAUUUUUGCAAUAACAUUAAUAACAUGAAUUAAUUUCAAUGGCACUGUAAAAGACUUUACAAAAGCACUUGCAAACCUUGCAGAUCAGAAGUGCUUUACACAUAGCAAAUAACUAAAACAGAAGAAAAGAGAAAUCAAAUAACACAGUAAGGAAGAUGAAAUAUUAAUAAUUUUUUAAGAAAUAAAAGAAUAGAAAUAAGCUGUCACACAUAAGAAACACGAUAAAACUCCUCAGGUUAUGCAAGAAAAACAGUUUUAAUAGCAAUUUUAAGAAGAGAGUGAUUUAGUGAGUCUUGGGAUCUAAGUCCAGAGUUCAGGUGCUGUGACAGCAAAGACACAGAUCCCUCCUACCUUUAUGCAGAACUAAAUACUCCACCCAUGUUAUUGGGCAGAAAGCAACUCUGAAAUAUAGUCUGAAGAGUGUCUCUGCCGAGGAACUACAACAUUAUCAUCCUGCAACAAAACCUAUAUUCGCUGAUGGAUCUUAAUUGGAUUUUGUCUCAUCACAGUCUGUUUUUAUAAUUACCCUCUUAGCUAGAUCUAUUUUCAAAAAAUAUAUAUAGAUUAAGUAAAUUAGAAUCAAAACUGUGCAGUUUUUACAGUGACUUAUUCAUUUUUGACAUUCUCCUGUCUUAAUCUUACACAAAUAAUUGAUAUAAGCCUUUAGUGUAUUCCACUAUUCCUUCACACAAGCAUCUCAUAAGGUAUUGCUGUUUAGAUCAUUAAUAAAUGUAAUUGAACUACAAGUUGUGAAUAUGUGAACAUUUCAAAAAAAGUGCACAUUAGUGUUGUUCAUGUGUAAAAUGUUUGUGAAUUGAAUGGCCGUCUAUAAAAAUUAAAAACUGUCUAAUAUUUCAUUCUUUUCCAUUA